AAAAUUGGUAAAAAUCGAUCUAAAAUUGUCUAUAUAUGUUAAAUUAAGCAAUAAUAUUAUUACAAAUCUACAAAUUUGUCUAUUUUCUUCUGUUUUGUAUAUCUAAUUUUGAUAAUUCAUCACAACAAUUUUAUAAUUAAACUUUAAAACUAAAAUAUGUCAUAUAAAUAUAUAAAAUAAAUCAAUAAUUUGCUAACGCCUAGGCAACGCCUAGGCCCCGAAUAAUCCGCCUAGUCGCUAGUCUUCUAUAAAGCUACCGCCUAGUGAUUUUUAGAACAUUGCUUUAGGAUCAUAUAAUAUCACCAAUGAAUUCAUGAUUGUAACUAGUUUCUAGCAAACAAAUUAUAACCACUUAAUAUUGUAGGAUUAUCAAACUUAGACACUAUAACUUUAACAGGAGCAAUUACAAACGAUUUUAUGACAUUCCCAUAACACUCUCAGAAUUCAGAGAUUUUUCGGCUAUGGUCGAUAGAAACGCAUACUUCUAGCAAAAUAUAGCAAAUUUAGAUUUUUGACUUACUGUGAGUUUUUGUUAAUUUUUUUUGCCAGAUCCAUAAUCAAUAGUUUAAAUUACAAUAUCUUAAGUCUCAAACACCAUAAACAGAAGAAGCCACAUUUUGGAUAAUAGAUACUUUAAAAUCUUCGAAAGUUAAUUGAUAUCGUUCAAAUGAUACAAAGUCCACUGUAAAAUUAGCUAACCCCAUUUUAACCAUAGUAUUUUUAGUUUUAAACACAAAUUAAAGCCUCUAGUAAUAUAUAGGGGUUGCGAGAUCGUAAUAAUACACACAAGAACCUUCAAUAUAAAGCCUUUACUUAGCACCUUAUCAGUACAAGAUAUAAACGUUAAUCACAAGUUACAACCACAAAGAAUAAAAAAAAUUUAAGAAAAUAAAAACAGUUCUUGAAACUUUGAAUCAAUGGAGGAAUCAAAAGCGCCUCACGUUGCGAUGAUACCGAGUCCUGGAAUGGGCCACCUCAUCCCAUUCGUUGAGUUAGCUAAACGACUCGUCCACAACCAUGGCUUCACCGUAACCUUCGUCGUAGUUGGCGAAGGUCCACCGUCAAAAGCUCAGAGAACCGUCCUCGACUCUUUCCCUUCUUCAAUCUCCUCCGUCUUUCUCCCUCCCACCGAUCUUACCGAUAUCACGUCAACGGCUCGCAUUGCAACUCGCAUUUCUCUCACCGUGACCCGUUCGAACCCGGAGCUCCGUAAAGUCUUCAGCUCUUUCACGGCGGAUGGUCGUUUUCCGACGGCGCUCAUCGUCGAUUUGUUUGGAACGGAUGCUUUCGACGUCGCCUCUGAGUUUCAAGUGUCACCGUAUCUUUUCUACCCAUCAAUGGCCAACGUCUUGUCGUUUUUCCUCAAUUUGCCUAAACUUGACGAAACGGUGUCGUGUGAGUUUAGGGAAUUAACCGAACCGGUUAAGCUUCCUGGAUGUGUACCGGUCUUUGGUAAAGAUUUCCUCGAGACAGCUCAAGACCGGAAAAACGACGGAUGCAAAUGGCUAUUACACAACACCAAGAGGUAUAAAGAAGCCAAAGGGAUUCUUGUGAAUACCUUCGACGAGCUAGAGCCAGAUGCUAUAAAGGCCUUGCAAGAACCUGGUCUUGAUAAACCACCUGUUUAUCCGGUUGGACCGUUGGUUAACAUUGGUAAGCGUGAGGGUGACCAGAGUGAAGAGUCUGAAUGCUUAAAGUGGUUGGACAACCAACCAUUCGGUUCGGUUUUGUAUGUGUCCUUCGGUAGUGGCGGUACACUCUCAUGCGAGCAGCUUAAUGAGCUUGCUCUUGGUCUUGCGGAUAGUAAGCAACGGUUUCUUUGGGUCAUACGAAGUCCGAAUGGGGUUGCUAAUUCUUCGUAUUUUGAUUCACAUAGCCAUACUGAUCCAUUAACAUUUUUACCAUCCGGAUAUUUUGCUCGCACCAAAGACAGAGGUUUCGUGAUCGCCUCUUGGGCUCCACAAGCCCAAAUUUUAGCCCAUUCAUCCACAGGAGGAUUUCUUACUCAUUGUGGAUGGAAUUCAACUAUGGAAAGUAUAGUAAAUGGUGUUCCACUUAUUGCAUGGCCAUUAUACGCUGAGCAAAAAAUGAAUGCGAUUUUGUUGACGGAAGAUAUCCAUGUGGCGCUUAGAGCCCGUGCAGGGGUUGAUGGGCUGGUGAUGAGAGAAGAGGUGGCUAGAGUGGUGAAGGGAUUAAUGGAAGGUGAAGAAGGUAAAGGAAUGAUGGAAGGUGAUGAAGGUAAAAGAGUGAGGAAUAAGAUGACAAAAUUGAAGGAAGGAGCUUGUAGGGUGAUGAAGGAUGAUGGGUCAUUUACAAAGGCUCUUAGUCAGUUAGUCUUGUAAAUGAAAAGAGAGCUAGAGCAAAACGGUAAGCAUUCAAAUAAUCUUAUAUUUAUACUUUUAUUAAAAUAUGCAAGUGAUUUGCCUCUAGUUUCAAUCUUGGUUAUUUUUAAUGAAUGUAUGUGUGUGUGUGUGUGUGUUUUUGCGGUGGUCUUGUUAGUUGACAUAGAACCCUAUCUUUAAACCACUUGUAAUAUCAGAACCCAGGAUGAGUUGCUCGGCGGUACCAUUACCGGCUGGGUAUAUGAUAAGUGUAUAGUUUGUAAAUAUUCUUGUAUGUUCUCUUAGCACAAUAUAUAUAUUCUUUUACGUUUCAAAGCAGACCAAACUGGUUUGUAACUUUGUCAGUAUUACAAUAUCUUUAAUAGUUGAUUCGAUUUUAUGUCGAUACUAGGGGGGUGUUCGCGCGGAAUAUUGUUUUAUUAUUGCUAAGAGCAUGAUUUUUUUUUUGGAUAAUGUAAUUAUGUUAUCGUUUUUAUUUGUUAAGAUCAUUAUUUGAUGUUUUUAGUUUGUUAUGUAGUAGGUGAUAAGUUAAUAUAUUUUGCGUUUGUUUUUUUUUGAAUAAUGUGUUGUUGUGUAUAUAGUACUUGUUAGUAGUCAAAUGAGCCUCUAACGUAAACUAAUAUUGAAUUUCAAUAACUUUGCAUCUACGCAUUUGUUGAUUCUAAGAUUAACGGUUUCAUCGUCAAAAUUGUAUUAUAUUUUUUUCAUACUUUUGAAAAUUAUAAUUUUUAAGAUGUUUUUUGCCCUCUCCCCAUAUUUUAAACUUGAUCUCUCACCGUCUAUGUAUUUCGUUACAAAUCUGGUGUGCGGUGCUUCUCACCAUCACCGGAAAAAGACUCACAUUUUUCUCUUGUUCUUCUUGUCUUCUUCACCUAUGAGAUUAUAUGGUAUUUGUUGCAGAACGGGUUUAUGAGUUUUCAGUUGUUCGGUUGCUUCCCACGGCAUUGUAGGCUGUUCCAGUCAAUAUUGAUUGCUCCUCUUCUUCCUUAGAUUUCAGCUGAUGUUAGGAACUGCAUCUCCUUGGUUGGGUCAGAGUUUAUUCGUCUUUGAUUUUGUAUUCCUCGUCGUUGGCUUACCGUCAAUAGUCUCUGCUCGUUUUGGUUUUCAAGAUCCAGUUUUUGGUGUUCUGACUUCUAUGCUCUCUUUCAUAUA